AUGAACGACGCGUCCUCGCAUUCCUCCACCGACAAAGACGCGAUCUCUCUCGUCUCCUUCCUCGCUAUAUUUCUCGAGAAAAAUAUCGGAGACGUGUGCGCGAAAACGCGUCGGUAUCCUCUGACGCGAACGACUGAAAAGUUCCGCAAGUUUGGCGACGUAUAUAACGCUGAAUUUUUGCUCAACAAACUCCCGAACCCGACGAUCGAGACGAAGUUGUCGCUGGUGAUGGUAUUCGCCGGUGGGUGGAGAGAUGUUAUCGACGGAAAGGUGUUGCGUGUCAUCGAGUUGGAAAGUGAGGAAAAGUUUGAAAAUUUCUCCACUUUUAUCAAACGCAUCGUCAUCGAAACAAUGACACCCUCUUCUCCUCCCUCGCAGGAGUACGCGCUCCAACCCGCUCUGACGAUAUUCUGCGCCGCAUUUUUCCUCCAACUUUUACUCGAAUGCAUCAACUACCUCGUCGUUCGUAGGAAAAAAGAGUUCAAACUCAAUCGAGUGAAAUUGGAGACGACGCUUAUGGAAAUCGAGAAAGUACAACGGGAACGGAAACUGCUCGAAGAGAACGCGUCGUAUUCUUCGGAGGAAAAGAACUCGAAGAAAAAACAACUGGAAAAGAAGAAGAAAAGUUUGGACCUCGAUUUAGCCACGCACACGCGAAAAGUGAACGCGAUGAAAAUGAAACUCGCACCGCUGACCGCGAUGGCGAAUAUUUUGUUCCUGAGAACGUUAAGUGCGAAAUUCAAAGGCGUGGUCGUCUCGACGUUACCGUUCAAUCCGCCGGGGAUGGUGAAAAACCUCGUCCACCGAGGCGUGGACGGGGACGAUUUCACGCAAAUGGGAUGCACGGGAUUCUACUCUCUGAGCGCGAUGAUCGCUCGCGCGAUCGUUCAAAAGUUCUUCGAGUUGAAACCGCCGAGAGCGGUCGCGCAAGAGGCGUGGGAGAAGAGUCAAAGGAGAACCGAAGCGAUCGUGAACAUGUUCGAGAAAGAUUCCAAGACGACCGAAAAUGGUGGUAGUGCUGGUGAAAAGAAGAAGAAUAAGAAUAAGGUGAAGACGAUAGGCGGGAGUAAGAAGAGACGGUGA